UCCCCUCACGGCGGCAGUGAUCCCGUCCUUCCUCUAGGCGUCUCGGAAAGCGCAGUGUUUUAUUCAGACGGUUCAAAGGCACCGAAGCAGCUGCCGGAGCCGUGAGGAGAACUGGGAGGAGCCGCCGCCGCCGCUCGCUGUCUCGGAGGAACGUUUUGGGAAAAGCGACCCGAGCUUCUCCCGCCGCCAGUAGCGCCAGGGCCACCCGGCUCGCCAAGCAAGAGUUCUGUUGAUUUGUGACCAUGCGUGAAUACAGUGAAAGCAAGGAGACAUGUAUGACCAUCUGUCUCAAAUACCUGCUGUUCAUCUUCAACUUCUUCUUCUGGCUGGCAGGUGGAGCUGUGAUGGCAGUGGGCAUCUGGACCCUGGCUGAGAAGAGUGACUACAUUAGUCUCUUGCAGUCCAAUAUAUACCUGGCAACAGCCUACAUCCUGGUGGUGGCAGGUGCUGUUGUCAUGAUUACUGGCAUACUGGGUUGCUGUGCAACUUUCAGGGAACAACGGAGCCUGCUGAAAGUGUAUUUCAUACUGCUGCUCUGCAUCUUCCUGCUUGAGAUAAUUGCUGGAAUCCUGGCCUGUGUCUAUUACCAGCAGCUGAACAACGAGCUGAAGGAAAAUCUGAGAAACACGAUAAUCAAGAAGUAUAGGAAGAAAGGAGAAGAGAGAGUGACUACUGCGGUGGACAAACUUCAGCAAGAGUUUAAGUGCUGCGGCAGUCAUAAUUAUACAGACUGGAGUGACAGCUAUUGGUACAAAGUUGAAAAGGAAGGAAGGAAGGUCCCAGAUAGUUGCUGCAAGACGAUGACUGAUGCAUGUGGUAGAAGAGAUCAUCCUUCAAAUAUCUACAAAGAGGGUGGCUGUAUCACUAAGCUGGGAAACUUUAUCCAGGAGCACUUGAUAAUUAUUGGAGCGGUGGGACUCAGCAUUGCAUUUGUCCAGAUAUUUGGGAUGUGCUUUACUUGCUGUCUGUAUAAUAGCUUGAAGUUAGAGCCUUAUUAAGAGGUCAUGGAUCGCCCACCUAUUCAGUUCCUCCACGUUCCAGCCCAUCACCCUGACCUUCUCUACAGAAGCACAGAACUAUCAACCUUUCCAGGACUUUGCUGCUUCAAGGAAUUUAUUCUGGGAUCAUCCAGUGCCUCUGCCAGAAAUAAUAGUCCUCCUUGAGUCAGUAAGGAGGGAAUUCUGUGCUCAGCUAAGUCAUUUUUCUCUCUCACUCCAAUGUAAUGGAGCUAUAGAAUGCAGUCUGGUUGAAUUAUUUACAAGCACACAAUCUGAAAGAGAUCCUCAGAGUUCCCAAGAACACGGUGCCUUUGUCUUUUCCCAAAUCAUCAAUCAAGGUCUUUGAGCUCCGAGAUAUGACAACUAAGUAUUGUGUGCAUGCAUUAACUGCUUUCUUCCUUUUCCUCAGUACAAUGUCUAUAUGGAAGUUUUCAUGACAUCUUACCCAAGAGAGUAGCUCUAUCUGCCAAUAGAUAACCCUACUGGAAAAUCUUUGCUUCUGACCCCCUACAGGAUGCUACCCAGGGAUGGAUGAAUAAGGUUCCCUGCACAUUUUCCCCCUUCAAGCAAUAGUUUUGUCCUGGAGAAGAAGAAUAUUUUGUGCUUGUCAAAGCCAGUGUUGGAAGACAUUAUUUUGUUCACAUAAUUUUAAAAAAAUGGACUUAAAAAUAUAUAUAUCAAAAACUGAUUUCCUGCUUGAGGAAGGAUGUUGAGAUAAUCCCACUUUGCGGAAUGCAGUAGUAACUCUUCAUAGAAUUAGAUCCAUUUCCAGAAUGACAUCUCGUUUCAUUGGGGAAAAAUAUAUUAUCAAGUUUGAAGACUGAUAUGAAAGUCUCAUUGACCAGCCAGAUAUGAUCCGAUAGGAAGAGAUCCAAAAUUUUGAUCACCUUAACGUUAUGAGUGAGAUUCAUUAGGGAAAAAAAUGUUGAGACGGUGGUGUCUUUUCUAAAAAGUGAUCAUUAAAAUUGGAUCAGCAAAGCAGAAAAGGGAUCACUACCUCUUUGCAGCCAUGGUGAUACUCCUCCAUCUGAUGCUGUUGAGGAGGCUGACCACGCAUUGGCUCCCAUCACUGGAUUUAUUAGAUUUCCCAAGAAUUCAUCCACAUGGAGAAUUCCUAGAGAAGAUGCCUAUCCUUUGGGGUCCAGUUAGCAUAUCCAUUGCUAGAAUAUUUCUUGCCCCUUCAAUACAUCCCAUUUUGAAGUUCUUUAGUUAAUGCUUGUUUACCCUUCAUCCACAGCAGUGGGCACUCAAAUGUGCUUUUGAAAGUGUUCACUGUGCAUUGCUGUUUCUACAAUCCCUGGCCAUUAGACAUGCCGCUUGGGUUUUAUAGGAAAUGCAGUCCAUAGUGAUAGGGGGCCACCGGAUUACCUAUCCUUGUUUAACUGACUACUGCCUGUAAGGUCUAUGAUACUUUGGAGCCUAGCAGAGAAAGUGAUGUGUGGUUUACUUAGAAGCUGUUGGUAUCAUUCUCCAUUUCCCCCAUUGCUUCCCUUAUUGGUUCUUCUGACAGAAUUGGCAAGAAGGGAAGUCGCACGAUCUGGGACUUUUUUUUUUUCAUCCAGAACCAAUCUACUUUGAGUGCCAAUAUUCCCUACCCCACUGCAAAAUCACUAUUCAUUCUCCCAGAGAAAGGAAAGGUGGAAGGAAGUAUUUUUUAAAAUCUCUCUCUUCUCUCUCUCUAUCCUUUUGUAAACCCUUACUGCAAGCACCUAACAUUAACUCAUGCUGUUCUGAAACUUCCAUGUUGUUGUUUUGAGUCCAAGGGACGAACGUUCAGAAGACAAAUGCGAAGAUGAGAAGACAGAUCUGCCUUGUAUAAAUAUUCACACAGGAGGGGGGAAAAGCUAUUCUCACUGUAAAGGUUGACAGGUCUUAAAUUAUUGACAGAAAUUCAUUUCUAGAAUUAAGGGUGAAUUAUUUCUUGAGUAUGACAGGAUGUGUUCCUUGAGAAAUGGGUUAUUAACUAACUACUGCUAAGAUAGCUUGAAAUGAUAUUUGACUACUGAAAUGUACAUGCACAUUGGCUGGCUUUCUUUUUCCCUUCUUUCUGGGAAUCAUAUAGUGCCAUUGUAUAAGCAGACCAGGUAUGCUGAUUGGUAAGCUGUGCCUGCUCUUUUUUUUUCUUUUUAAAAAUAUUUGUAUAUAUUAACCAUGCUUAAAUGUGGUUUAUGUUGCUGGCCAAUAAAAUUAAACGUG